AUGUGGCAGAUUGUUAUGACAUUUGAGAUUUCCCUCAAUUCACUCCGAACAUCACAAGGCCUCUCCCGGGACCCCAAAACCCCAUCCUACCCCGCACCACUCAUCAUCCAACCCCUACUCACCCGCAAACAAACCCUCAUUAUCCUCCACGGCCGCGGCUCCACCGCCUCAAAAUUCAGCCCCCCUCUCCUCACCACCUCCUCCUCCUCCUCUGGCUCAACCCUCCAAUCCUCCUUCCCCCAUGCAAAAGUAAUCUUCCCCACAGCCUCUCUCAGCCGCGCGACAAUAUACAAACGUAGUUGCACACACCAAUGGUUUAACAACUGGCACUUGGAAGAAUAUACCAAGCGGCAAGGUAUGAUGGUUGAUGGUCUACGAGCCAGAGAGAAUGUGGUUCUUUGGGGUUUGAGUCAGGGAUGUGCGACGGCUUUGACGGCGCUGCUUACUUGGGAUGGGCCGGCACUUGGUGCGGUGGUGGGGAUGUGUGGGUAUUUACCGUUUGGGAAUGUAGGUGAGAGAAUUGGGAAGGGCAGCAAAGACCAGGAACCGGAUCCGAAGAAACAAGCAGUUACCUUUCUGAGAGAGGAACUCGAUAUGAACGUUGAUGCAGGAGAGACUUUCUUGAAUAUCCCUGUGUUUCUGGGUCAUGGGGCUGAAGAUGAGAAGGUGUCAGUAAACUUGGGCGGAGAGGCGAGGCGCUGCUUGGAUCUAUUAGGUGUUGAAGUAGAGAUGAUUGAAUACGAAGGUCUAGGACCCUGGUAUUCAGAGAACAUGUUGCGAGACAUCUUCCAAUUCUUGAACACGAAGCUAAGGUCGGAGAAGAAAUCUUGAGCAUUUUGCGCAAAAUGCGCGGAAUGCGGAAAAUGCGCAAAUCUCUCACCAUGGCAGACAUAGCAAAAUUUGAAUGGACCGAGGUUGCCCUGCCGCCUCCAAAUAGACAAGCGUCGCUAUCACCUGUGGACAACUACAGAUCGGAUCCUAGAGCUUGCUCAAAGAUCAAAUCGACUUUUGCGUGAUCUGAAAAUCAUAGCUCGGCUUCAAAUCACAAUCCACCGGAUACGAAUCCAUCCCCUCGAAUUUCAUAUCCCGCGCAUAAUACUCAACAUUAACCAUGUCCGCGCUGAUAUCCAUCGUCACAAAUCCGUUCGCCGC